CCAAUUCCCAUCUUUUAUAUUUUCCAUUCUCACGCUCACAUUGAAUUCACAGAAAAUUUUGCAUCAUCCAAACGAACCUAUCAACCAUACCAACAAGAAUUGGAGGAUCCAUCCUAUCGAACAAUCGAAACAAAAGGAUCAAAUUUUAAAAAAGAAGCUUAUUUAUACCUCGGUCUAUUCGCUUGUUUACCACCUCUUCACCUCCAAAGCAUCAUAUUCUUCAAGAAAUCAAACUCGAUCAGACUUUAACCGGCCUCUGCUCGAAAAACGAGAUGUCCAAUCGGGUGAUUCAUUAUGCUACUAAACCACGUCGUGGACUUUUACAAAUUUGUGUAGAUUGGCAUCUAACAACUGCAUUAUCGAUCAUCACUUUAAUCGUAGCUCUCAACAUCUCAUUCCCAGAACUAUCAGAUGCAUCAAACCAAACUCUCUCAACUUAUCAAACUCGACUACCUACCAUUCAAUACAAAAAUCCAAUUCCUAAAUUCAUUUAUCUCUCUUACUACAAUCCGAAAUCAGGUGAAUAUUUAAAAGGAAAUGAUGAUAUUUAUUUUGUUGGGUUUUGGGUAUUGAUUUGGUUGAGUUUAAGAGAAAUAUCAAUUCGAUUUUGGAAACCUAUUGGAUCUAGACUUGGUGGAAUUAAAGAUCGUAAUAAAUUACAAAGAUUUGCUGAGCAAGGUUGGAAUUUAAUUUAUUAUAUUGUCUUUUGGUGUAUAGGAGUGAAAAUUCUCUCUAGAUUUCCUUAUCCAAUCCUUUCAUUAAACAUUCGACAAUAUUGGCAUGAUUAUCCACAUGAUUCGAUUCCAGCUCUUACCAAAUUUUAUUAUUUAGCUCAAGCUGCUUUUUGGAUUCAACAGUUAAUCGUUUUGAACUUGGAGAAACCCAGAAAAGAUCAUUACCAGAUGCUUGCUCAUCAUAUCGUCACUAUCCUUCUAGUCUGCGGUAGUUAUGCUGUCAACUUUACUGGUAUUGGUACAGCCAUCCAUGUCACCAUGGAUGUCUCAGACAUCAUCCUUUUUGUUGCCAAAAUGUUGAACUAUGUAGGCGGAGGAGUAGCCUGUGAUAGCGUCUUUGCAGUCUUUGUAGCCUCAUGGAUUUACACAAGACAUUACGUUUUUGCGAAAAUCAUCUGGGCAAUCUAUUAUCAUUUACCUCAAGAUAUCACAUUUGAAUUCAAUCUCAGUGAAGGUAGAUUGGCCACAUAUAAUUUAUGGGUAGUCUUUUUAGCACUCUUGGUCCUUUUGGAAGUCUUGUUGUUCUUCUGGUUGGUUUUGAUUUUAAGAAUCAUGUGGAAUGUAGUGAUUGGAAACGGUGCAGAUGACGAACGAGAAGAUUCAGAUAGUGAAUGUGAAGAAGAACCCAUUGAAAGUAAAACGAUAAAUGAAAAAGGAAUCGGAUCACCUGAAAAAGGAACUUUAUACUCUGAUGAUGAUCCUACUUUACUCUCUUCAUCUAAAAAGAUGUAUCAACAAAUUUCAACUUCUCAAAAUAGUAGUCCUAAUUCUAGUUCAUUAUAUCAACGUAAAUAAAACAAUUUCAACUUUUCUCAUCUUAAUUGACAAAAAAAACAGACCAUGGAAUUUUCCUUAUAAAAUCUAUAUCAAUUGUUUUUUUUAAAGAUUUGUUUGUCUUUUUUGAUGAAGGUGUAGGUGUUUUGAUAAGCUUGAGAAGGAUGAUUUUUUUUUCUAUGAAAAAGAUGAGGGUAUUUUUCAAGAAGAAUUGUAGAAUGAAUGAAUGAAUUUGAUUCUUUUUUGUUGUUGUUGCAAACAGUUGAUCCUAUUGAUCUCAUUUUGUUAUCC